AUGGAGAGUAACGCCGAGGGCUCCGCGGGGGCUCAGCCUCCCCGCUUCCUGGACCUGGCCUCUCCCUGCUCCGGGGCGCCAGGCAGAGGGCCGAGCUGGGCGCCUCCGUACUGCGGUGAGCUAGCUGUGACACACACUGAUGGCCUGGUGCCCCUCCUCUGCACAGGGGAGCUGCCGAUGCCCCUGGAGACGACGGUAGAGCUGAGUUGUGGAGCGGGACCACUGCGUGUGAUCCUGGGCCCGGACCAGGCUGUGCUGCUGGACUGCAGCCUGGGGGCUGCUGCUGGACCCCCCACCAGUGUGAUGUGGAGCAAGGACGGGGACGCUGUGCUGGAGCACGACCACCUGCACCUGCUGCCUAAUGGCUCCCUGCAGCUGUCCCAGCCCAGCCGCGGGGCAGCCCCUGAGGCCUUGGGGGCCAUUGAGGGCAGCUACUCCUGCUUGGCCCAGGGCCCCCUCGGAGUGGUGGCCAGCCAGGCUGCUGUGGUCAAGCUUGCCACACUUGCAGACUUCUCGCUGCACCCGGAGUCUCAGACGGUGGAGGAGAACGGGACAGCUCGCUUUGAGUGCCACAUUGAAGGGCUGCCAGCCCCUGUCAUUACUUGGGAGAAGGACCAGGUGCCAUUGCCUGAGGAGCCGCGGCUCAUCACUCUUCCCAACGGCGUCCUCCAGAUCCUGGACAUUCAGGAGGGUGAUGCGGGCGCCUACCGCUGCGUGGCCACCAACUCAGCCCGCCAGCGCUUCAGCCAGGAGGCCCUUCUCAGUGUGGCCCUCAGAGGGUCCCUGGCGUCCACCAGGGAGCAGGACGUGGUCAUCGUAGCAGCCCCAGAGAACACCACCGUGGUGUCUGGCCAGAGCGUGGUGAUGGAGUGUGUGGCCUCAGCUGAUCCCACCCCGUUUGUGUCCUGGGUCCGGCAGGACGGGAAGCCCAUCUCCACGGAUGUCAUCGUGCUGGGCCGCACCAACCUGCUCAUCGCCAGCGCGCAGCCCCAGCACUCGGGCGUCUACGUGUGCCGCGCCAACAAGCCCCGCACGCGCGACUUCGCCACGGCCGCCGCCGAGCUCCGCGUGCUGGCGGCUCCCGCCAUCUCUCAGGCGCCAGAGGCGCUGUGGCGGACGCGGGCGAGCACCGCGCGCUUCGUGUGCCGCGCGUCUGGGGAGCCGCGCCCCGCACUGCGCUGGCUGCACGACGGGGAGCCUCUGCGGCCCAACGGGCGCGUCAAAGUGCAGGGGGGCUGCCGAUGCCCCCGGAGGCGACCCCAGGCUGCUGUGGUCAAGCUUGCCACGCUCGCGGACUUCUCGCUGCACCCAGAGUCUCAGACGGUGGAGGAGAACGCGACAGCUCGCUUUGAGUGCCACACCGAAGGGCUGCCAGCCCGUCAUUACUUGGGAGAAGGACCAGGCGUCCUCCAGACCCUGGACGUUCAGGAGGGCGGUGCGGGCGCCUGCCGCAGCGUGGCCACCAACUCAGCCCGCCAGCGCUUCAGCCAGGAGGCUCUUCUCAGUGUGGCUCUCAGAGGGUCCCUGGCGUCCACCAGGGGGCAGGACGUGGUCAUCGUAGCAGCCCCUGGUGAUGGACCCUUUUCCACGGAUGUCUUCGUGCUGGGCCGCCCCAACCCGCUCAUCGCCAGCGCGCAGCCUCGGCACUCGGGCGUCUACGUGUGCCGCGCCAACAAGCCCCGCACGCGCGACUUCGCCACGGCCGCCGCCGGGACCGCCUGUGCAGCCGCACCGCUGGCCGUGGUGGUGCGCGAGGGACUGCCCAGCGCCCCCACGCGAGUCACCGCCACGCCGCUGAGCAGCUCCGCCGUGCUGGUGGCCUGGGAGCGGCCCGAGCUGCACAGCGAGCAGAUCAUCGGCUUCUCCCUGCACUACCAGAAGGCCCGGGGCCUGGACAAUGUGGAAUACCAGUUUGCUGUGAACAACGACACCACAGAGCUGCAGGUUCGGGACCUGGAACCCAACACCGACUACGAGUUCUACGUGGUAGCUUACUCGCAGCUGGGGGCCAGCCGCACCUCCGCCCCAGCCCUGGUGCACACGAUGGACGACGUACCCAGUGCAGCCCCCCAGCUCUCCCUGUCCAGCCCCAACCCCUCGGACAUCCGGGUGGCAUGGCUGCCCCUGCCUCCCAGCCUGAGCAAUGGGCAGGUGCUCAAGUACAAGAUCGAGCACGGUCUGGGGAAGGAAGACCAGACUUUCUCCACUGAGGUGCCGGGGAACGAGACACAGCUCACACUGAACUCGCUCCAGCCCAACAAGGUCUAUCGAGUCCGGAUUUCAGCGGGCACGGGCGCGGGCUACGGGGCCCCCUCCCAGUGGGUGCAGCACAGGACGCCCAGUACGCACAACCAGAGCCACGUCCCUUUCGCCCCUGCAGAGUUGAAGGUGCGGGCAAGGAUGGAGUCCCUGGUUGUGUCGUGGCAGCCGCCCCCUCACCCCACCCAGAUCUCUGGCUACAAACUGUACUGGCGGGAGGUGGGGGCCGAGGAGGAGGCUGACGGUGACCGCCCCCCGGGGGGACGUGGCGACCAGGCCUGGGACGUGGGGCCGGUGCGGCUCAAGAAGAAGGUGAAGCAGUACGAGCGGACCCAGCUGGCCCCCGGCCGCCUGUACGAGGUGAAGCUCGUGGCGUUCAACAAGCGCGAGGAUGGCUACGCAGCGGUGUGGAAGGGCAAGACGGAGAAGGCGCCCACGCCAGACUUGCCCAUCCAGAGGGGUCCGCCGCUGCCCCCGGCCCACGUCCAUGCGGAAUCCACCAGCUCCACGUCCAUUUGGCUGCGGUGGAAGAAGCCAGACUUCACCACAGUCAAGAUCGUCAACUACACUGUACGCUUCAGCACUAGGGGCUCCUCCCUGGUCACUUACUACACCAGUUCUGGAGAGGACAUCCUCAUCGGCGGGCUGAAGCCGUUCACCAAGUACGAGUUCGCGGUGCAGUCCCACGGCGUGGACAUGGACGGCCCUUUCGGCUCCGUGGUGGAGCGCUCCACGCUGCCUGACCGGCCCUCCACGCCCCCCUCCGACCUGCGCCUGAGCCCCCUGACACCGUCCACCGUCCGGCUGCACUGGUGCCCGCCGACGGAGCCCAAUGGCGAGAUCGUGGAGUACCUGAUCCUGUACAGCAGCAACCACAGCCAGCCCGAGCACCAGUGGACGCUGCUCACCACCGAGGGGAACAUCUUCAGUGCAGAGGUGCACGGCCUGGAGAGCGACACCAGGUACUUCUUCAAGAUGGGGGCCCGCACGGAGGUGGGGCCGGGGCCCUUCUCCCGCCUGCAGGACGUGAUCACCCUCCAGGAGAAGCUCUCAGACUCCCUGGAUGUGCACUCGGUCACGGGCAUCAUUGUGGGUGUCUGUCUGGGCCUCCUCUGCCUCCUGGCUUGCAUGUGUGCCGGCCUGCGCCGCAGCCCCCACAGGGAAGCGCUCCCGGGCCUGUCCACCACAUCCGCCGCUGGGAAUCCUGCUCUCUACUCCAGGGCCCGGCUCGGCCCCCCGAGCCCCCCAGCCACCCAUGAACUGGAGUCCCUUGUGCACCCCCGUCCCCAGGACUGGUCCCCACCACCCUCUGAUCUAGAGGACAGAGCUGAAGUACACAGUCUCAUGGGUGGUGGCGUUUCUGACGGCCGGGGCCAUUCUAAAAGGAAGAUCUCCUGGGCUCAGCCAGGGGGGCCAAGCUGGGCAGGUUCCUGGGCAGGUUACGAGCUGCCCCAGGUCGGCCCCAGGCCCGCUCUGACCCGGGCCCUGCUGCCCCCUUCCGGGACUGGGCAGACGCUGCUGCUGCAGGCCCUGGUGUAUGAUGCCAUCAAGGGCAACGGGAGGAAGAAGCCACCCCCCGCCUGCAGAAACCAGGUGGAGGCUGACGUCAUUGUCCACUCCGACUUUAGUGCAUCCAGAGGGAACCCCGGCCUCCACCUCCAAGACCUGGAGCCCGAGGAUCCCCUGCUGUCCGAGGCUCCUGAUCCCACUUCGGGUGUCACAGAUCUGCAGGGGGCAGACUGGCUAGACAGGGAGCUGGGAGGGCAUGAGCAGGCAGCCACAGGGCCGCACAGACUUACCUGCCUGCCCGAGGCAGCCAGUGCUUCCUGCCCCUACCCGGACCUCCAGCCUAGUGAGGCUCUGGAGGAGGCCCCUGGGAGCAGCGGCAACCCCAAGGCCCCCUGCCCUCUAGGAGCCAGCCCUGGCCUGCCCAGAGCCUCCCUCUCCUCUGCUGAGCUCUCCUAGAGGGUGCAGUCGGGGCAGGCUGUGUGGAUCAUGGACGUGGCAUGUGGCCUGUGCCUACCGAAUGUCGUCAAGCCAUUAGGAGCUUCCUAGGGUGCUCUGGCUGGGGGAGAGGAUCCUUCACUCCCCCAUCCUUUCUGCAACACAUAUGAGAUAUGUGAGAGACGUGUGAGACACAGCGAUGUGAUGUGCACAUGUGUGGAGCACACGCGUGUGUUCUGGUGGGAGAGCUGGGAGACCUUGGCCCAGGCCGUGGUCCCUAUGGCCUACUUGAUCCUCCAGGUCAGGACAGUGCUCAGAGCGGUCAGUCCCCAGCCUCGCGGGUCCCCUCCGCCCCCCAGCCUUUUAUUACACUCUGAGAGUGUCUCCAAUGCCCUGUCUGACAAAGACAGCCCCAGCCCGCCUUCCGCCUUCCUGUCUGGCCAGACUGAGAGAAAGUGGGGUCUGAAUGCCUCCCUUCCCCGCCCAGACUGGGGGCCACUCUGGCUCCCCUCAGAGCAACUCCGAGUUUGAUUUUGUAAUUCGGGAAGUGCCUGGUUUUGAAAACUUGCUUUCUCUCGCUCGCUCUCCCUGCUCUGCUCUCUGUUCUCGGGUCUGUCUCCCAGUCAGCUUGCUCUCUGGUUCCAGGGCCAUCCCUCUGGCCGUCCCUUCCUCCCUCCCUGCUGUUUCUCUUUCUCUGCUGUCUCUCACACCUCUCUCCUGCCCGGGUUCCAUCUCUGCAUCCUUCCCCAACAACACGACUACCUCAUGUCUGCUUCAAGGCCAUGGUAACUCCUGCAUCUGCCCCUCUUCCCCUCAGGCAGACUGCCCUCUGCCCUGACAGGUGGAGGGAGAAGCCCUUCCGGUUGUCCUCGCAUCUCUUCUUGGGAUCAGGGUAGGAGGGUUCUCCUUGGAGGUGAGGAAUUUCUGAGACAGGGAAGGGGUCUGUGACUCUCAAAAUGACUCUCUUCUAUGCAGAGAGGCAGGUUUGCUGGAUGGAGGUGUUUGCAGACUUCCUUCCCUACUGAACUUAAAGGGGUAGAAGGAGGUGGGAGUUAGGGGAGCCACAGCCCAGCCACUUCCCACCCUGCGCCCUGAACGGAACUUGGGGAGUGUGGGUGAGAGGAAUCUCAUCCUCAGAUGCUUCGAGGGAGGUUUUUGCCCAAGAAAAGGGUGGCUGGCUCAUUUUCCCCGAAGUUUAUUUAUUUUUUUUAUGAGAGAGAGAGAAAGACAAGCACCCUCCACAAGGUCUCAU